AUCGAUGCCUCAGAUUUAGCUAAGCACAGCUAAGGAAGCGGCGAAUAAAGAAUACAAAAGAGGCGGUUGAAUUUUAGGUAUAUUGAACAAAAGGUCAUCCAAGGUCCGUUGUGUAGUAUACUGAGUGUUUACGGAAAUUACGUUCAGCCAUCUAGCGGAAAGGGAAGCGUAGCCAUUUAACUAAACGAUAAACCGAAGAGACUUCGUCAUUGUCGGGAAGUAAAAUCGAUCCAAUCUCCACCAAGAAGUAGUGCUGUAUUCGGUUGAAGGCAAAAUGGAAGAAAGAGCAGUGAAAGUCCAAUGGGCCAGAUAUUCUGAGCAAGCUGAGCGAUACGAUGACAUGAAAGAUGCAAUGAAAUCUGUGGUUCAAGCUGGAGAACCCCUAUCAUCUGAGGAGCGCAAUCUUCUGUCAGUGGCCUACAAAAAUGUAUGUGGUGCUAGGCGGUCAGCAUGGCGGGUUGCUAAUACUCUUAAGCGGAGUGCAACCUCAGAACUUCAAAGAAAAGUCGCGGAUGAUAUGCGGGUAAAAAUUGAAAAUGAAUUGGAAAAAAUCUGUGAUGAAGUACUCGACCUUAUUCGACAAUGUCUGGAGCACUCUCAGGAUGAUAAUGAACUACGAACAUUUUUUAACAAGAUGCAAGGGGACUAUUACCGUUAUCGCGUAGAAGUGGCAGAUUCCAAUGACGAAAUACACAAGACGUUGGUUCAAAAGGCUAAAGAUGCGUACGAAAAAGCAAUGGAGGCUGCGAAGGAAUUAGCUACUACCCAUCCUGUGCGACUUGGGCUCGCUUUGAAUUUCUCUGUCUUUUACUUCGAGAUUGAAGAUAAUAAGACAGAAGCUUGCCAGAUGGCAAAGACGGCAUUUGAUGAGGCAAUCGCGGAUAUUGACCACGUCAGUGAAGACACCUAUAAGGACUCAACACUAAUUAUGCAACUCCUUCGUGACAACCUUGCGCUGUGGUCUGCAGACGAUGAAGCUGAGGAUGGUACGGAAUAAUUAACGUCAAUAAUAUUCCAUAUGUAGUCACCAUAAUUGCUUUAGAGGCUACGCCACUGUAUACUGAGGUGUAAUGGGUUCUUCAGAAUUGUUUUCAAAUGAUAAAUAUUGAAUUUUAAAAAUGAGUGAAAUAUAAAUGUUUACAGUACAUUAUUUAUGGUUAUUUUUUUAUUUGUCUAUUUGUGAGGGGGUUGAUAUAUUACUAAUUAACUGUAAUCUGACCACACUACCAUUUAAUAUAAAAUCUCAUGUAACAUUCCACAGAUCCCAGGGGUUGAAUACCAGGGCCCUAGACUAAAGUGGUUAGUGAUUUAGAAUAAUCCUUUAUGAAAAUAUUUCAGAAGUAUUAUAUGCAAUUAAUUUUACAGUUAAAAAAAUGUCACAUAGUUAAUUUGUUUUCAUGAUGACCUAGUUUAUUCCUCUAGGUCAUUUUGAUACAGCUGUGUGCAUUGUGUGUAACAUUACAAUAUUGCAAAACUUUUUAAAUAUUAUUAUAUAGCGCCCUCGCUCUUAAUAUCAUCAUUCAUGUUCAUGAAUAUAGUAGUGUCCCUAAUUGACCUUUUACAUUCCUCUCUUCACAAUGUUUACCCCAACAAUAAAUUAAAUCAAUAAUUUUAUAAGAUUAAUGAGCCAAGUAAUGAAAAUUAGAAUUUUUAUCAUGUUAUAUAUAAAACAAUUAUCCUCAAAUGUAAUGAUAUUAUUUUUUUGUGGACUUUUUUGUUGUUUUUUUUAAAUUAAAAAUAUUGUAUUAAUACCUGUAAUAUUAAGACAAUACAGGGUAGCUAGCAUUUUAUUAUGAAAUCAGUGUAUUUGAAACCAAAACCAAACAGUAUCACAUUCAGAUCUGAAAGUCAAAUAGUUUUGACAAAAAACAGGCGUGAAUAAAAUCUGACUGUUUGAA